CGUGGAUCCCGGGAUGGAGGGGGCCCAGUCCAACGGUGCCGCUCGGUUCUCUUGUCCCCCCAACUUUACCGCGACGCCCCCAGCCUCAGAGUCCCCUCGUUUCUCCUUGGAGGCCCUGACAGACCCAGAUACGGAGGUGUGGCUUAUCCAGGCCCCUGCAGACUUUGCCCCGGAGUGCCUCAAUGGGCGGCGCGUGCCUCUGUCUCGCUCCCAGAUUGUGAAAGGCAAGUUGGCAGGCAAGCGGCACCGCUAUCGGGUCCUCAGCAGCAGCAGCAGCCCCCAGACUGGAGAAACAACCCUGCUGGCCCCCUCAGUGGAGGCGGGAGGUGGACUCACCUGUGUCCCGGCCCCCCAGGGCUGCCUCAGGAUCAUUGAGGGUCCACAACAAUCGUUGUCCGGGACCCUUCUCCAGCCCAUUGCAGCAAGUCCCCCACCACAGAUCCCCCCUGGCCUGAAGCCUCGGUUCUGUGCCUUUGGAGGCAACCUACCGGUCACAGGGCCUGGGUCAGCCCUGGCACAGAAGUCACCCACUUCGGGGAAGAGAAAAAAGAAGAUGCAGAUGCCAGAGGCUUCGGUCACUCGGGAGGCAGUGAAUGGGCACGGGGCCCUGGAGGUGGACAAAGCUUUGGGGUCCCCAGAAACAGAUGUGGAGAAGAAGAAGAAAAAGCAGCAGCUGAAAGAACCAGAGGUGACAGAGCUUGCGGCGACGGAGCCCACAGCUGAGACGCUCGAGGCUCUGGGAGUGCAGCUCCCGUCCGCCACCAAGAAGAAGAAGCACAAAGGGGCAGAAACAUCUGAGCCAGAUGAAAAGACAGUGGAGCUCAAACCCGUUAAAACCGAACCUCUGGAAGAGACAGUCCUGUCCCCCACCAAGAAGAGAAAGAGGACAAAGGAGACAAAAGAGAUGGAGCCAGGGGAAGGGAUGAGAGCUGAGUCUCAGCUGCAGGUGAAGGCGGAGCCGCAGGAGGAAGCCAUCUCACUGCCUCCCGCGAAGAAAAGGAAAAAAGAAAAGUCGCAGAACACAAUGACAGAGCCAGGGACUGAGGCUGUGCAGCCAGAGGUGAGACCUCGGGAGCUCCCCGGGGACAUGAUGGAGCCCGAACUGCCAGACGACGCUGAGCCUCCGGUGGAGGCGGCUCUGGCUCCCGCCAAGAAGAGGAAGAAAGAAAAGAGACAAAAUGCGGUGACGGAGCCAGGGACAGAGGUGGCAGAACCUGAGAUGCCAGGUGACCUUGUGCCUCAGGCAGAUCCAGCAUCCGCCAAGAGGAAGAAGAAGAAAGAGAAAGGUCACCAAAUGACAGAGCCAAGGACUGAGAUGACGGACCCACCAAGGGAUACGGUGGAGCCCGAGCUGCGGGGCGAGGGUGAGCCUGAGGCCCAGGCAGCUCCCGGAUCCGCCAAGAAGAGGAAGAAGCGGAGUCAGGAAAGCGGGGUGCCGGAGACGGCGUCCCCAGAGGACAUGCCAGAGCCCCUGCUGAACCUACAGCCUGGGGAGGUGGCUCCUGCAGAAGGGCGGGAGAAGAAGCGGAAAAAGAAGCUGCAGCAGGAUCCUGUGUAGUGUUCCCUGGGGAAA